CCAACCAGUUCAGUUCUCGUCUGCAAGCCGUCUAGUAAGCACGUAGUGGUAGGGAACUCGCAGUGUACAUUGAUCCAAACAAUCUAGCUAUAAAUUCCAUUGAAAUUGUCCAAACAUUUCAAAAUUGUGAUACUGUAAGAGUUUGUUUGUACGUUACCAGCUCAUAAAAUUAAUAUUUUAGCGGUUGAAUAGUGUUUUAAGGUCCCAAAAGGUGUAAAAUUUCGGAAAAGUGUGAAAUUUUUGAUAGGAAGGGGUAGUUUUUGUUUGUUGAAAUUCGUAAUCAGCUCCAAAAAAAAAAAUGUCGAAGUAUAAUUCAUCGUCCAACGGUCAGCAGGAUGAAACUGACUAUUUCCCAGAAGGCUUUGUGCAGCUUCAAAACCCGCAUAUAGAACUAAUGGACCAAGACAUUCUCUACCAUUUGGCACUUGGAAGCGAGUCGCAUGAUCUCAUUGAGAUGUUCGGUGAUAUCAAGUUUGUGUGCAUGGGUGGUACGCCGAAACGUGUGGAGCAGUUCGCGAACUAUAUAAUGGAAGAGAUCGGUCAUAAACUGCCCACGGGUACAACCCUCCAAGACAUCAGCAAGUUCUCCUAUCGCUACUCCAUGUACAAAGUUGGACCUGUCCUCUCCAUCAGUCACGGUAUGGGCAUCCCAUCAGUCGGCAUCCUACUGAACGAGGUUGUGAAACUGAUGCAUCACGCCAGGGUGCAAGACCCCAUCUUCUUCAGGAUCGGAACCAGUGGGGGUAUCGGAGUGGAGGGGGGAACAGUUAUCCUCUCCGAGGAGGCCGUCAACGAGGAUUUGGAGCCUUGCUAUGAGCUGUCAGUAUUGGGUAAGAAAGUGAGGAGGCCUGCCAAACUUGAUAAGAAACUGCUAAGAGAGCUGAAAUCGUUACACCAUAAAGAGGAUCCAUACGAAACGGUGACUGGAAAAACUAUGUGCACCCUAGACUUCUAUGAAGGCCAGGGAAGAUUGGAUGGCGCUUUCUGCCACUUCACCGAGACCGAGAAGAUGGAGUACCUGCAGAAGUUGAAGCAGGAGGGCAUUGUCAACAUUGAGAUGGAGUCGCUUGCGUUUGCGGCCAUGACGCAUGCGGCCGGCAUACGAUCCGCGAUCGUCUGCGUUUCCAUCGUCGACCGGCUCAAGGGCGAUCAGAUCCACACUCCGAAAGAAGUCCUGGACGAAUGGCAAAUGCGACCACAACAGCUGGUUGCCAGAUACAUAAAGCGCUAUCUACAGAUGAAGGGACGCAUCUCCUUUGACAAAACUUGCGGGUCAGUCAGUGUCAAGAGUCCGCGCCGGUUCAAACUGGUUCAACAGGAGUCAGAAAGCUAUGAUUAGAGCCACAAUAAUCGUGACUCUACAGUCAGGAAGCUUCUGCUCGAAUCAAGGUCACUGUGACUCUUUGUGACUCGAGUCAUGGAAAUUAUGAAUCUUGAGUCAGAAAGCUGUGAAUUGAGUUAAAUAGUGAUUGUGACUCUUGAGUCAAAAAACUGACUCGUGUUACAUUGAUUGUGACUCGAGUCAGACUCUGUGACUCAAGUCACGGUUAAUAUGAUUCUUGAGUCACAGAUUUGUGACUCCUAUCCUGGAGAUUGUGAAUAGAGUCAUAAAUCUGUGACUCGAGUCAGAAAUUUGUCAUUCUUGAGUCAGAAGUCUGUGACUCAAGUCAAUGUUACUGACUCUCAAAUCUCAGAGCUGAGACUGGAGUCAAGAAACUAUGAUUUGAGUGAUAGUCUGUAAGUAUGAAAGCUAUGAUUGUUUGACCUUGACUUCAGUCAAAAUGCUAUGAAUUGAGUCACAAUGAUCAUGAUUCCCGAGUCAGACAACUUUGACUAUAGUAGAGCUACUGUGACUCCUGAGUAAAUAUGUUAAAAACGCACUGUUUUUAUACAAGCGAUUAUUAUCAGCAUACAAGGUUUAAAUGAAGUUUGGUUCAGUUGAUCUGGUGAGAUAAAUUAUACAAAUUACAGUUUGAAUAAUUUCUGGUACACAAAUUUUCAUAUAAAAUUGCAUUUUUGUCAAAGAACUGGGAAAUCUUCAUAUUAAUACAGACAUGAAAAUUUGAAAAUAUUAAAUUUUUAUACAAAAAUCAAUCAACUUGAAAUAUACUAGAAGUUCUAAAGUGAACAACUACUUAACCUAUGUACCUUAUGAACAACUAUUUCGGACUAUGUGUAACCUUAUCUCAAAUUGAGAGAGGAAUAGCACAAGUUCACCUUAUUUUUUCUCUCUCUAUUAUUUUUGAUAAUUUACUUGUUGCAUGAAUCAAUAAAGAAUACUGUAUCGCCUAAAACUACUCUAUUUGGUACCGGUAGUGAAACUAAUUAUGCAAAUUCAGUUAUAGGAGACGAUUACAAAUUUAUUAAUCUCAAGCAGUGUUAAAAAUUCAAAAUUCUUAUUGAAUGAAUUAUUUCUGAAAAAUUGCAAAAAUAACAUUAUGUAAGGUUUGAAAAUCUGUCAAAAACUAAUAAAAUUGUAGUACAAAUUGGUUUAAUCAGAAAAUUUAUCAAUUGGAAACUCUAAAAACGUUCUCAUUUUUGUCAAUAGGUGAACUGAACCUGAUCUCUGAUUUAAACCUUGUAUCAACCACAUAUGAUUAUCAAUAUACAAUGCAAACGAAUAAAAUAUUGGUACUACUGUAUAAUAUUGUGUAGUGGGGUUGGCAAUACUGGAACAUAGAUACACUCCAUCAAUUUCACAUUUCAACAUAUUUUCAUAAACACUCCUCUUCAUGAUCACAUUUCACAAAAAUCUAAAAAAAUAUAUAUUUCAAAUAGAUUUUAAGGUAAACACAAUAAUCAAUUUUAAUUUUAAGAUGGUGAAAUAAUUAUUGACGUGGGGAAAUUUAUAUCAAUCAAAUAUCAAAACAACUACAGUUGAACUCAUAUUUUCGAUUUAAAAAUUAGAUGUAGCCUACUUAAACUCUGGAAAAUAUUCCUUCAACAAUACCAACGCCAACCUCUCAAAUAUAAUCUAUAAUGAAAACUUCCAAAAUUCUAAGACAAUACAGUAUCAUAUACCUUAUAACUGCUACCCUAUUUGAUCAUUCUUUAAACCAAUUUGAGGGUGAAAAAGUAUCUUUUCUGAAAUGGUUAUAGUCUCGGUAAAAGGUGAAUGGUAUAGUGAACCAAUUUGAGAGUAAAAAAGUCUAUUUUUGUGAUGGUUAUAGUCUAAACCGCUGAUAAUCACAAUGUGAUAAAAAUAAAACCAGAAGUAUGAGAGAUCUACACUGUGAUAGACUAUUUAUCACAUAAGCGUUCUGAGGCUGAGUAUUGUAAUCAAGUUACCCUAUUUUUAUUUUGAAAUCCAGGUUAUAAGUUGACGUCUUUCAUUUAUUUUAUUCCAAAAUCCAGGUUAUAAGUUGACGUCUUUCAUUUAUCUUAGGUCAUAUUAUUUUGGUUGUGGCAAUUAUUUCAAGUCCUGACGGUGGAGGAAUUAAUUUUAUAUCUAUUUAUUAUUUAAUUUUAACUUAUUAAAUUUAUGUGUUGAAUGUCUUGACAUACUAAAAUAUAUGUUACAGGGCCUUUUCUUGCGGAGGCUUUUGUUCCAUUGGAAUUGAGAAUGGAAUGUGCAAAGAAAUAUGUCAGAAGGCUGGCUAAAAUCACUCCAAAGAUAAACAAAAAAUACCAAGAUCACAAUAGAUCCGAGAGUUAGACUGAACAGUGCAACAUAUACCUGCUAUACAGUAUUCGUUAUGGAGUUCUCCUUCAAAUGGUAUACAAUACCAAGAAAUCCUUACCAAUUCAUUGAAUGUUGAUUCAUAAAUAGAAUUUGAGAAUAAAAUAUGGGAGAAAAAUGCUCAAAGACGUAUCAACUCGAAACAGAAUUUUUUAUUCUAUCACAGAGCUAUGAUUCAUGAGCAGUAUAAAUGGUAUUGUAUUCGAAAUAAUACUAAAAUGUGUAAUAUGAAAUAUAUUCAUGGGUGAAGAAUGCUCAUAGACGUAUAUCAACUCGAAACAGAAUUUUUUAUUCUAUCACAGAGCUAUGAUUCAUGAACUUAAUAAAUUAUAUUGUAUUCAUAAUAAAAUACUGAAAUGUGUAAUGUGAAAUAUAUUCAUGUGAGAAAAAUGCUCAAAGACGUAUUAAUCUCAAAACAGAAUUUAUUAUUCUAUCACAGAACUAAUUCAUGAGCAAUAUAAAUAAUAUUAUUUAUAAUAACAUGCUCAAAUUUAUAAUGUAAAAUAUUCCCAAACAGCAUAACAAACCUUUACGUAGCUAUCAGCUACAAAAUUUGAUUUGAAAAUUAUUGAUGAUAAGGAAGGGUAGGCAGGGGUGCCCAUCCCCCCAAUGGUCCAUGUCGCAAAAUUCCCCCCCAAAAUUCUCAAAAUUUGGUAUCCAUUUAGGUACUUAAAAACUGUGUAUUGAAAAAUCACCCUCAUUUUCCCUAGUUCUUUUCCAAAAGUCCCCCCCAAAAUUCAGCCUCAUGUCGCAACUUGCGACAUCAAAACAUGCUGUGGGCAAGCCUGAGGGUAGGACAUCUUUAUUUCCUAUUGAAUAAUAGCCUACCAUUUUCAAUAUUAAAAUAAUAUGGAUUUGAAUCAUAUUUGAUAUGACACUUCUUAAAAAAUUUAUAAACUGACGGGAGUGGGCGAUUUGUAUUGGGAAUCGUGAGAUUUAUUUUCAAAAAAUGGGUUUAGCUUUAAAAUAUUGGCAUUCCAUUGAAUCAUCAUUCAUAACCAUCAUAAUUUUCCAUACCAUACCUUCCAUUAUAUUAUCCUAUCAUGUUCUCCAUUUCAGUUCCUUAUCAUACUUCCAUUAAGCAUUAUCUAAAACACUUGGUAGAAUCUACUUAUUAACUUACUACUUAGGUGAUAUUAUUAUUUGUCACAACUAAUUGAUGAUGAAUCUCAAUUUUUAAUUAACUACUAUCGCUGUAGUUGAAUAAUCAACAAUAGGUUAAUUAUUCUGAAAAGUAGCUUUUCAUUUACUAGUUUAUUUUGUUUCAAUAAAAUGAUUAUUUUUGUAAUUCUAUUUGAUUUUUACCCUCCACUUUCCUUUCCUCACAUCUACUCUUCCAGAGUUUUUCCAUAGGCUUUUCCCUAAAGUUUUUCUUCAUAUGAGAAAUGGCAAUAUGAGAAUGAAUUGUGUGUUCUUAUCUACAGAAAUAUACUCGUUAUAAAAACAAUUGAAAGGAGGCAACAGGUUUGCUCAGAUGAAUAUUGAGAGAAGAAAGAUCUGACAGAAUGAAAAGUUACUGGGAAGAGAGGAAGAGAAUUGAAGCGAAUAAACAAAGGAAGAGGACUAACCAGAGACUACAAUGAUCCUCUCUGGUCAUAAAAUCAAUUUAAAAAAAUAUCUACUCGUUAUAAAUUGAUCUAAUAUCAUUUUUCGUCCAAAAACUCAACAUUUUCACAAUCCAAAAACUUGAUAAAAUAAUUGAUAUGAGUUAUUUUGUGGUACUGAUUCACGUGACACAAUAAACUUGAAUAACUGAGUAAGAAAAAAAUCAUUCUAAUGAUUCAUUCAUUUAAAAUUUCGAAAAUAUUAUUUUUCUUCGCGAAAGUCUAUCAAGUUCCAGUAUUGCUGAUUCCUGUUUAUAUCAUUAAAUUAUGAAUAAUAUCGAUAAUGAAUGUAAUUAAAAUAUUAUUAUGUUAGCUUUUAUUCACAAAAUUGCAGACUUUUAUACUGGAAUUAUUGUGCUGGUGGACAUUUAUUACCAACUUAUCGAAUUUAUUUAUUGUAUAAUAUAUCAAAAUGUGCGGAUUAUGCCGAUUACAAAUACUAACUAUCACAUACUCAAUAAUAUUAAUCAACACUAUUCUAACGAACGAAAUAAAUUAUCAUGCGAUCACGCAUGCUUAAAUAUUUUUUUAAAUCAACAUAAUGUAGACGAUUAGAAUUUAUACGGUACCAACUCAAAGCUGAAAAGUAAAAAUUAUUGCUGAAAAAUUUAAAAUAUUGAUGUUGAUGAUAAAAUUGUUGAUGCUUGUGCUGAAUAUUAUUAUAUUGAUUUUUAAUUGAUGUUGAUACGUAGGCUAUAUAGAGAAAUGUUGAGUGUUAUAUUUUAUGAACUAGGAUGUAUAGUUAUUCAAAUUCGGGUAGAUUCUAUGAACUCAAUAAUAGAUGCCUCAAUGUAAAAUGUAUCAAAUAUGAGAAAAUUCACUUGGAAAUUGUACUUGAUUGGUUUAUUGAGUGUGAAAACGUACAGUUUCUGUGUAGAUCUUCAUGAACCUCUGUAAUCUGAAAUCUUCGUACUUGACUAUUCAUUGUUUAACUCAUGCUACAAAAAAAAACUAACGAUUAACUCAUAAAUUUAUCAUGAGUAACAUUAUUUUAGAGAAAAUAUUGUGCAUUUUCUAUUGAGAUUAAUUGUCCUUUCUUCAUUUAUCCAACCUCUAAAGGAAAGUGUAAUUAUUUUCCAAAAUUUAAUUUUUUGAAACAUUCACGUACAACAGAAAUAGCUGAGUUUCAAUAGUGUAUGAAACCUGUUUGAUUCAUGGCUAAAAUUUCUCCUCUGGGUAAAAGUCUAAGGUUUUUUACAAGAGACCAUUUACAUUUUAAAAUGAAAAAAGCAUUUCAAAUUAUAAUUUUGAUUGGUGAAUGGAGUUUCAAAUGAGAAUGAAUGAGCCCAUGAAACACUUAUUUAUAAAUUUUCAAGAGAUUCUGAUUCUAUUGAUGAAGAUCUACCGGUAGGCUAUAGUCCAACAACGUAGUUCAACGUGAAUUAAAUUGAGACUCGAAAUCUUUCAUGAUGCAUAUUUGCAAGGAAUAAUAUCUACAAAUAUUAUAUUAUAAAUAUCGUUAUACGCAAUUUCUUAUGAUAUUAUUAGCGCGUGCUUUAGAUUAAGUUGUGUCUUGAAUUAUUGUAAUAUAUUAUAUCUAUAUAUCGGCCUAUAAUAUUCCAGAAAACGUAGUGUAUAUAGUCACUGUGGCAUUCUAUAUGCAGGUGGAAUUACUUCCUGGUUUUGAUCAGAGCUUUAGAUGGAAAUUAUUUGAUGUUAAAUUUUAUUAACUGUGGUUAUACGAGGAUUAUACCUGAUAUACUUAUUAGAAGAGUAGUAUAAUAAUGGGAAUAGCUUCCUUAUUUGCAAGAGGCUACUGUACCCAAAAAAAAAACUUGAAUGAAGUGUCUAUUUCGAAUUCUGAUUAGGAAAAUUGGAAAAAUAAUAGAAUGAGUUUUCAAAAAUUCAAAUUGAGUGAUUCAAAAAAGUUGUAUUUAUUGUCAAUCUACCACCUUUUUCAAAAUAUUGUGGUAGCUUACUUAUCUAAUCCAAUGAUAAUGGUCUUGUUGGUUAUUGAUAAUAAUAAUUGUAGAAAAAUAUCUUUGUUGAUAUUGAGAUCAACUUGAUUUCAUCAAAUAUUGUAAAAAUGACUUGUUGAUUAAUAGUCUAGCUAUUUGGAAGUGUCACAACUUCUCAAAGAUUAUGAGAUUGUUAAGAUUAUCUGCUAGGAAAAAUUUAAUGAAUUUAUUCAGCUAACGUUCCUUGAGUAUUGUGAAGCUAGUCGUGAUUGAUAAAAUUGAAAUUAUUGUUGAAAUGUAUUAAAAUUUGUGAUGGAAUAUCAGUGUAGCAACGUUAAAUAUUGGAGUUAUGGAAUGAAUAACACUAUUCUCGAAUCUAUGUAAUUUUUAAAUUGGAGCAGCUUAAGAAAAUCUGUUUUCUUUAGCUAUAUAUUUCAAUACAAAAGUUACAUUUAUUUGAGUAUACUUUAAUGGCUGUAAGAGUGUCUAGUCUUGUUAACGGAAGGUUAGUGAAACAUAUUUAUGGGAAUGACUUGAAAAAUGAAGUUUGGGUAGAUGAAAGUAUAGAGUUUUUAUGAUAGUCCACUAUAAGUUUAUUAGUACCCUAUGACAAGAUGGAUUCUGGAAAUUCAACAAGGAUUAUCCAUUUAUAACGGACUCAUUAAAAAUGUCAAAAUACUUCUAAAAACAAUAAAGUGUCUUGAAAAGAAUGUACUUCUUAUCUCAUAUUAUAAAUCCACAGUACCAAGCUACAUCAAAAAUGAAUCAGAAAUGUUUUUAGAUUGGAAAAUUGCAAGCUCUAAAUGGUGGAGUAUCAAAAUUUGUUUCACUUGAAUAGUGGCUGUGAAAUAUAUAAAAAAUAAAAAUGUUAUAUUAUUAAAAAUUACUAGUGAGUGUAGACUUUUAUCAUGUCGCUUGUCAUGAAUACUUUAUUAGAACAUGCACUGGUAGAUAUGAAUCUCAAUUAUUGUUAAUAGAAACUUAUCUAUUCUAACUAUAUUAUUAUAUUCAUGUAUAUGUAAUUAUAUUUCACUGCUAAAUAGGGGAUUUGGCUUUUGUUGUUGUACUUGAACGAAUAUAUUUGUGUCAUCUAUGAUAAGGUUUGACAAAAGAUGAGGAAACCAAAAUUUUGAAUUUUGGAUUUUUUGAAUAUGUCAUCGAUUAUCAUAGGAAGACACUGCAAAGAUCAAUCUUAUAAUGAUACUAGACUUUUUUAUGAGUAUUCUAUUCUAUCGUUAUCUAGUACAUGUGGAUAAUUUUAAACUUCAGUAGUUAUAGAAUGAUUGCAACCAAUCUUUGAAAAUUCACCCAAAAUGAUUGCAAGCAUUUAUCAACUUACAAAUAUUUAGUUUCUGAUAAUUUUAUGAAUGGAAAGUGAUUAUAAUAAACCAAUAUGCACAUAAACUGUAGCAGAUAACCACUAACUUCAUAAUAGGAAGUUGUUCCAAUUUUUGAAAAAAAGUUCAAACAACGAAGAACAUAUCCGAAAAUUUAUUGAAAACAGAAGUCUGUUUUGGAAUCACAAUGCAUUGUACAGUAUUUAAUAACAUUGAUAUACGUUACAAGAAGUGUUUAUGACUAAUAUUAUUUAUUGACUAAUUAUUAUUAUUCUUAGUAUUUAAUAAAUGUUGAGCUUUGUAAUAAAUUUGCUGUUAAAAUAUA